GCCUCAUUUCCUCUUCUCGUAGGGAAACAUCGCUGUGAGAGCUAAAGGGAGUUUAAUGUCUUUAAUGCUCUGUUAUUCCCCCCACACUCACUCUGAAACCUGUUUUCUGAACCAUGGCAGAGUAAAAAGCCUUCCAAUGAUGUUCUGGGAUCAUUUCGACGCGGCUCGACGACUCGGAGAUUCAGCGGGCUCUACGAGCGAGUGAGAGUCAUGGACAACUCUGUCACCCUGUGGCAGUUUCUGCUCCAGCUCCUCUUGGAUUCCAGUAACGAGCAGCUGAUCUGCUGGACCAAUGAGGAGGGGGAGUUCAAACUGCUGCAGGCGGAGGAGGUGGCCCGGCUGUGGGGAGCCCGCAAGAACAAGCCCAACAUGAACUACGACAAACUCAGCAGAGCCCUAAGAUAUUACUACGACAAGAACAUCAUAAAGAAAGUGAACGGUCAGAAGUUUGUCUACCGCUUUGUUUCAUAUCCUGACAUCCUGAAGGGAGAUGCUGCUUCUCGAGCAGAGGGUGGGGAUGCGGGUGCUCGGGGCAUCCCUCCCCUGUCAAAGAGGGCAGACAGCACCCAGCAGGAGGAUGAAUCUGGUGACCCCACCAAGUUGGGUGGUAGUGCAGCAGCUCUGAGUGCCAGCAUCAAGCAGUCAAACCGCAAUGACUACAUCCACUCCGGCCUGUACACCUCCUUCACCCUCAACUCCCUGCAGAAUGGGCGCCAGCUAUUUAAGUCCAUCAAAAUCGAGAACCCAGCAGAGAAGAUGGCCGACAAGAGAAGUGUCACAACCACCGCCCGGAUCCAAGAGCUGUUCCCUCAGCAUCACCAGCCAACUUCUUCACCAUCCGUCAUCAAGUUUGGAAACCUCCCUCCAAAGCCAGCACCAGCACCUCCUCCUCAGGUUGUAAUCGAGUCCACGCUGAUAUCCAGCCACAUGGAUCCUCUGCAAGCACAGUCCAGGGCUGAGGACGUCCACACACACUCCUCCCUGCCGUCCCAGUCCAUCUACACGUUUGAGCACAUCCGUCCAUCGGAAGCAACAUUUGGCCUAACAGACCUCACCUCAGCUAGCCCGUCUCCAAGCCUAGUGCCUGAGUCCUCCCAUGAGCUGGUGAUCGACAGCGACAUCGAGUCUGGAUCAUCUCAGCCCACGGACGCUCGGACGCUGGAGAAGGUGGAUAGCUGCAUCGGUUUGUCUGUGGAGGACAACAGCUUGGUGGACACUGAAACCAGCUCGUCUUCAGUGAGCAGCUGCACCACGCUCAGCACUCAGAGCUCAGGAAAGGCACGCAAGCCCCCCAAGAUCCUCCAGAUCAGCCCCCCUACUCUGCUGGUCACCACCUCUGACUUCUCCCCCAUGAACCUCUGCAGCCCUUCCCUACCUACUGCCUCUCUCACACCAGCAAUGCUACAGACUCCCACUCUGUUGCUUACUCCCAGUCCGCUGCUGUCCAACAUCCACUUUUGGAGCACGCUCAGUCCAGUGGCUCCCCUCAGCCCAGCCACACGUCGCCAAGGAGCCCACCUGUUCCAGUUCCCGUCAGUCCUCACUCCUCAGUUCCAGAUCCCUGUUCAUAGUCUGGAUGGGACCAACACACCAGGGCCCAUUUCUCCAGACCCUCAGAAGACAUAGGUAUAACCCCCAUGGCGUCACCUCACAUGACGCUGCAUCACUUUGGACCCAAACAGCCAGAAUUUGUUCCCCCUUACUGCUUCAUCUCCUGCUCUCACACCCAGAACAAUGAUGUGGGAUCUCUGUUUCUGCCAUUCCUCCAUCCAGCACGUCGGAGCACGCUCAGUCCGGCUCAACAUUAGAGUUUGUUUCAGAUCAUUCACACCCCCACAGAUGCUUUCUUGCACUCAGACACAUUGGUGCCAUCUUUCCUGACGCCCUCGUGGAUUUUUCUCAUCUGGCUUUUUGGGAUCCUCAGAUGCAACAAUUCAACAGAGGGAGCAGAUUCUAUGAGAACAGUAGCUGUUUGUGAAUUGGACCCUCCGCAGUGACAAUCUGCUUCUUAUUGGACACAGAGCGGUGAUAUGGCAGAUGUCUGACUCUCUCCUCCUCGUCUUGUGCUGCCAAAAAGACACGUUUAGUCAGUCUGUAACCUUGAGCUCUGUCCUUACCUUACUCUUCUUGAAGGGUAGUGCUUUAACUCCGUAGUGUGGCAACUCCCGUUCUCUUUUGCCCUGCCUAAGUGUGCAAUGUUUGCUGCUCUGAAAUGCCGGCUCAGUAGAACCAGAUCCAGCUGGACUUUUAACGUGACAGUCUUAGAGUGACGUGGCCAUAAUCUGAGCUGCCAUGCAUCAGAACUCUCAGUUUGUUAAACCUGGAGGCCGGUGUGGUGUGGUGUGGUCUGUCUCCUGUCAGUGAGCUUUCAAGUGGAGAUGAAAGUAAAUGAAGCCAUAAUCCUUUCUGUGCAUGGACUCUGCACACAGAGUCUGUCCUAAUGCCUUCUAAAAUCAACUCCACAUCAUGCGAAGUACACUCAUUAUAAUUUACUAAAACCUGCAGACGUUUCAAGGAAUUGUUCUGCAUUUUGCAAAAUACCUGAAUUCACCUUCUAGUAGAAAGCUAGACCGGAUUGAUCAAAUGAUUGUGUUGAUAAAGCGGAUACAGGUCAAAGGUCACAGAAUCUGCCUGCAAGCUUUUUAAAGCUGACCAAUGAAAGCACUGCAAGCUGAAGCAUCAGAAUGUCACUGACCCUGCCUCCAUAUUUACUCCUCAGACUCAGCUGUGGAUGAAUCUUCUAGUCUUACCUUGGGUAGGACAGUAUUUACCCCAAACGUCAAACGAUUUAAGGCUGGUUUAUACUUCUGUGUCGCCCCUACGCAGCAGGGUCUGACUCGGACAUGAGCACUACAUACUUGUGCGUCGAUGUGUCCGAGUCGCGCAGCAAUUCUCCGCUGAAGGAUCUUGGAAGUAUUGUAAAUGCAGGAAAUACAAUGCCGCCGAGCGGACCAAUCACAGAGCUUGCGGUCCGUGAUUUUGGAUGAGGUGCACAUCAGCUAUGCACGUAGGCCUCUGCGUAAGUACAGGAGCUACGUGGACCUCCAGCGUAGGCUAUGCUGUUGAUUUGAUGCAGAAGUAUAAUUCAGCCUUUAAGUCCAGUCCAAAACAAAGCAGGACAAAGUUGUUCCUCAUAAAUCUGAACCAUUCUCCAAAAGCCUGCUCUCUUCUCUUUGUUGGAAACAGAUUGGCUGAGUAACUAAAGUUAUAGCACGAGUGCAGCUAUCUGAUUGGAGGGACUAGCUUUAACUUUUCCCAGCCUUAGUUUCCCGAUUUUAAUCACCACAUGAUCCUGAUGACUGUAGAAAGCUCCUGGAUCAUUGAAGCACCUUUACACCAUGAAAGGUCUCAAACCUGUUUGGAUCACCAGCCAUGAGGGGUUCACACUGUUUUGUAAAUGACUUUAAAGCCAUAAGCUGACUCAGACUCAGGAGUUGGAUCAAUGUUUCUAUGCUGUUAAAUAUGGAGAAUUGUGCACCACACAUGUUUACAUGAUACUUGGAUAGAUCACGUUUUAAGUGUUUCUUAACCCAAGUGUCCCUUUCUAACCCAGGGAUGGAUGGAAAACCAACCUUGAAUGGAGAAAUGCACACUCUUCUUUCCUCAACUUAAACACACCUGCCCCUGCAGCCCAUCAGAACGGUUCAUAAGGUGCCUUACCAUAGACGAGCCCCGGUUUAUUCCCCUAUAGUUAACAGAGUUCAUCCUUCAAAGUUAGCACAGUCCAAACCGUUUGCUUCGUUUCACAUCUCUGCAUCGACCAAACCUGAACUUGGUAAGUCUGAAGUGAGACCUCACAGGGAGACUUCAAGCGGCUCACGUGGUCUUUAGGAGGAUCAUGAACAUGCUGCGGUGUUUUUCAGGAUGCGUAACUGUACAUACAGAUAUCAAGUAAAGUUAGUGACUCUCACUCGGCCAUGCCUCUUUCUAACCUGCUUCUAAAUGUUUGUAAAAACAAGUUUACUCAGAAAGUAUAUAAAUAUAUAUAUAUGAAACCUGUCUAUUAUUUUUGUGUAAUCUCCCUUUUUCCUGUAACACCAAUAGAAUUUUUAGAUUAAUUUCUAUUUUUGUAACGGCCAGAUAUUUAGAUGUCGACUAUUUUGGGUUCUCUGACGUUUUCUCUUCGUGCAUGUUUCUUUAUGUUGUUUUCCUCUCGUGUAUUUGGGAGCUGUGGCCCUGCUCGCCGUGGCCCCGCCCGCUGUGGCCCUGGCUGUUUUUAGGAAUCAAAGCCUUAUGGGGGAGAAAUCUAAAUCUAUGUUUUGUACGUACAGUGUUUUGAUAUGGUGUUGAUAUUGUACAUGCAGAUGUUGUGACGGGACGUUUGCACUUACACUGUCGGGGUUCCUGUAGUAUUGGAUUGUGUCGCUUUUUCUAAGACGCAGAUUUCGAUAUGUUGACGUUUGCUUAUUGAGAGAUGUAUUUUUCCCAAAGGGAGGAUUAAAUUAUGCACUUGGUAUUUUAUACAGUAAAUCUUAACUUUUUCAAUGUUUAUCAAAAGAUUUAAAAUGAUUAGGCACUACCAUUCAAUAUUUAUUUGUAUGAGUCCAAUGGGAUUGGGUGCUCACCUUGCAUUUUUGCAGAGACUUUGAUGAAAAAUGAAAAAUCUAGCUGGAUAUUAUCCCGAGAGACCAUCUGAACCUUUUCUCCAUUAAAGCACCUGUGAGGAAUUUUUUACAGGUUAUAAAUCAGAUUGAAGUUGAUGCUGAUGCCUCUUCAUGACGCACAAAUGACGCACACACACCGUCAUCAUCAUCACUAAGACUUAACCCUGACAAAUUCUAAAGUUAUAUUUUUGGGCAUUUUUGCCUUUAAUGGAUCGGGCAGCUGAAGAGAGACAGGAAAUGUGGUGGGUAGAAAGUGGAGAAGAAAUGUUCAAGGCUGGAAAUCGAGCGUGCAACCAACGACUGUAUAUGGGGCGUGCUUACACCGCCACCCCAAGAUUGACAGUUUCUCUACUGAAACCUCUGUGAGGGGUUCGGUCUCAGUCCAGACGGCCGUUUUAAUUUGAUUAAUCAAAGACAGCAGCUUGAUACAACUUUGUCAUGCACAGCACAAGGUCAGCAACAUGAUCAAAUCUACAAACCUGAAGUUCCUCACAGCAGCUUUACAUCUUUAGGACUCGUUGUUUUUCCUGUUUUAUCUUCGGAUGUCUUUGACCUUAAAACCGAAGGUUCCGUUUCUAAAAGAAAUGAUGUUCCUGCUUCGUUCUGUCCAGUUUUCAGUUUGUUUCAUGCUUUUUAAAUCGUUUACAAGCUACUUGUCUUAAGUGGCGUAUUAAUGUAUGAGAGGUGUAGAGGACGUGUUUAUAAUGGAUGAGAAGGUGUGACCAAUAAUAAAAGACCUCUAACCACA